GCUUCGGCGACGGUGGCUGGCGCCAUCUUCUUGCUGUUGUGUGCGGGCAUUGGGCUUAACAUCUCUGUGGUCGCGGCCGGUCGUCGUCAGUCUCCUGACGGUAACAUAGUGCUCUUCUGCUAUCUCUGGUGCGUCGGCUUCUGCCGAAACGAUUCAUUCCCUCAAGGACUGGCCGUUAAGGCGAUUGGUCGCUCGCGACUUCGAGGCCCGUCGCUUGGCCGGUGGUGUCCGGCCGGCCUGGUUGGAGGCCGAAUAACUCAACUUGAGUGUUCCCCUCACGCCGGUGAUGCAAGGCUUCGCCGACGCCGUCACCUUGGCCAAGUGCCGGCCCGGCCUCAGCGUCGUCGACGAAACCGUCCUACUCGCCGCCCUCGAGGUGGAUAUUCGACGUCCUCAACGAGCCGUCGUUGGGGCCGAGGCAGACGAGCUCGACGAACCCGCUGUCGUCUGAAUAAUGCACCACUCCAGCGUCCUCGUCACGCCUCAUCAUCAAGACUGCCCAUGUUGCGCCGGCAGGCUUCGCCGAAAGGCUGGCCGGCCCAGCCUCGACGCCGACGGCAACGGCUUAUUUUUCGGGCGUGUGCUUCAAUUCUCAACCUCGCUGGCCUCCGCGACGAGGCAGAAAGGACCGAAGCAGGGCAGUUGAUGGCCGGUUUGUUGGCUGCUCGCUUUUCCUCCCAAUUGGCCGAGCAUGUCAGUGGCCAGGACCGGACUGAGAAUCCAUCUGUUACCAUGCCGCUUCGGACGACUUGCUUGUGA